AACUUAGACCAUUUCCAACCUUUGACCCAAGAAGUCUUCUCUACUUGUAAACCAGUCCUUUAUGAUCCAUUUAAUCAAUUCAUAUGCACCAAUUGUGAAGAGCUCCCAAAAAUCUCUACACCAUCACUAUGGAGACGAUGACAAAUAGGCUCUACAACGCAGCAUACGAAGGGAGUGUCACUGCCUUGCUCGAAUUGCUUCAACAAGACAGACUGAUUCUUGACAGGAUGGCAUCCCUAAAUGGUAUUACAGAGACUCCUCUGCAUGUGGCAGCAAUUCUGGGUCACACGGAUUUCGUGAAGGAGAUUUUGCACCGAAAGCCUCAACUUGCUAAGGAAUUGGAUUCCAAACGCUCAUCGCCGCUUCACUUGGCAUCGGCAAAAGGGCAUGUUGAAAUAGUAAAAGCGCUUGUAGUUAUCAGCCCUGCUUUGUGCCAUGCUGGAGAUAGAGAUGGUAGAAACCCAAUCCAACUAGCGGCGAUGAACGGCCGGGUUGAUGUGCUAGUGGAGUUGCUCAGAGUGGCUCCGGAUGCGGCUCGGAACACCGCCGGACAGGGCGAGACUAUAUUGCAUCUUUGUGUGAAACACAAUCAGCUGGAAGCUCUUAGGCUUUUGGUGGAGGUGAUGGGUGAUUAUGAGCUUGUGAAUGCGAAGGAUGAUUACGGCAUGAACAUCUUACACCUCGCAGUUGCUGAUAAACAGAUUGAGACGACCAAGUUUCUGGUUACCAGCACAAAAAUCGAAGUGAAUGCUGUGAGCGCAAAUGGGUUCACGGCGUUGGACAUUUUGGCACAGAGUCACAGAGACAUUAAAGACUUUGACAUUUCAGAGUGUCUUCGAAACAUGGGAGCUUUACGAACAACGGAAAUACCCCCACGUGGCGGCCGUUGAAGGAGUACUCCAAAUGACGGUGGAUAUAUAGAAGAAGCAGCAUCAGAACAGAAGAAAUUGCAGCGUAAGAAACACCCAGAGGAGUGGCUUACAAGGAAACGAGAUUCGUUGAUGGUGGUGGCUUCGCUGAUCGCAACGAUGGCAUUUCAAUCGGGAAUAAGCCCUCCUGGUGGACUCUGGCAAGAUGAUUCUACAGGAGAUUCCCAAGGUAACAACGCCACCACUGCUGCACACACCGCAGGCAAAUCAGUUAUGGGUGACAAAGAUUCGACCCAGUACGAAUUCUAUCUCUAUUCCAACACAAUUGGUUUUGUUGCAUCGUUGAGCAUAAUCUUGCUGCUUGUGACCGGAUUGCCCUUCAAGCAGAAAUUUUUUAUGUGGCUUUUAACGGUGAUUGUUUGGAUCACAAUCACAGCCAUGGCACUUACUUACGUAGUCGCUAUACUCUAUUUCACACCAGAUGGACAGGCCGAACUGGCCUCUCGAGUAGUUAAAUAUGGAGUCACUGCUUGGUGUGGCGUAAUGGCUGUGGUUUUGCUUCUGCAUACCAUUCGUGUCAUCUUAAAUUUGUUCCGCAAGUUGGAUCAUUUAGCGGGCAAAUAGGGCCGGCCCAAACUUGUGUUUCGUUUUGAGUAGAGAAUUAUUCUAUUUUCCUUGCAGAAUAAUUUCUGUAUCAGCAUAAUUUGUCCAGUUCUAUAAAAAAAAAAAAAAAGAAAAAAAAGUGUGCAUUAUUUAGCUUGUCAGUUGGUUUGUAAAAGUAGAUUGUUUGCAUCUUGUUUACUGGUCUAUAAGAGGAAGAAGGCUUUUAGUGUGAUCUCAAGUCUUGUAUGAAAAUUCUUCUUUCAAUAUAUUAAGUGUUUUUUUUCCA